AGGGAGACAAAGCCGGAACUGCGUGAAAGUUAAUUUUCCCCUCCGUACCUCGCGAGAGUGGGCUGGGCCGCGGGCCGGAAGCGGAAGUGCUGGCCCGCGCCCGCCAGUUCCUGUCCGGCCAUGGAGGAGUCUCCGUCUCCUGCGUUCGGGGAGCCGGUGCUGGACGCCCGGUCAGAGCUUAUAGAUUUUCAGUGGAAACUGGCCAUGGCUGUGAGCUCUGACCGAUGCAGAUCGCUCAAGUACCCGUACGUGGCAGUGUUGCUAAAGGUGGCAGACCAUUCUGGCCAAGUAAAGAGCAAGUCCAUCGAAAUGACAAUUCCACAGUUUCAGAAUUUCUACAGACAAUUCAAGGAAAUUGCUGCUGUCAUUGAAACUGUGUGAGAAUUGAUUCGUGAUUCUAAAGUAAUGGACUCUACCAUCCAGAAGAGAAGUACAUAUGGAUCAAAGGAUAUUUAUACAAUGAAAAUUGCACUUCUGGGGCUGGAGAGAUGGCUCAGAGGUUAGGAGCACUGGUUGCUCUCGGAUAGAGUCCAGGUUCAGGUUCAAUUCCCAGUACCCACAUGGUAGCUCACAGAUGUCUGCAACUCCAGUACCAAGGGAUUCUACACCCUCCCACAGACAUCUAUGCAGGCAAAGCACCAAUGGGUAUAAAAUUAAAAAAAUAACUAAAA